AGAGGUCUCGCGAUAAUGCCAUGAACUGGCAGGCAAAGGAGUGGGGGUGAUAGGAGAGAAAGCAAAAUAUCUCGGUUGUCUGUCGUAAUCUAAAGAAAGAGCAAGAUUUAACACACACAUUAUUGCAUAGGUUGUACUGCAAACCAAAAGCCCCAAGCCUGUUAUAUGUCAGACGUGGUUUCCCGAUUAUAGGUAAAGUGAGACUAGGAAGUACGCGGCCACAAAAGCCAAAUUGUAUGUGUGAAGUGCUAACUGUUAGCUGACAGGCUACCUAGCUUAGCCAUUGAAGCAAUGGCGUUGAAAAGAAUUCAGAAGGAACUGUCAGACUUGCAGAGGGACCCGCCUGCUCAGUGCUCGGCUGGACCAGUUGGAGAUGAUUUGUUUCAUUGGCAGGCAACUAUAAUGGGUCCGAGUGACAGCCCAUAUCAGAGUGGAGUGUUUUUCCUCACCAUUCACUUCCCGACAGAUUACCCCUUCAAACCACCCAAAGUUGCAUUCACAACAAAAAUUUACCACCCAAAUAUCAACAGCAAUGGAAGUAUUUGCCUGGAUAUAUUGAGAUCUCAGUGGUCUCCUGCGCUUACAGUAUCAAAAGUAUUAUUGUCUAUCUGCUCUCUCCUCUGUGAUCCAAACCCGGAUGACCCCCUGGUUCCAGAGAUUGCUCAUACAUACAAGGCUGACAGGGAAAAAUACAACAAAUUAGCAAGAGAAUGGACACAGAAGUAUGCAAUGUGAGAACAGCAGGGUGAUGAAAACCAAUGAGAACAAAGAAACCCUUUUAAUUUGCAACUUGAGGCAAAUAAGCAACAGAGUAGAUAAAAAAAAAAAACAACUAAAGAACAGCCCAUCCUUUGGAGAAAGAAGCGAUACAAUGAGGUACAGUGCCACCUGGCUUUCUGUGUGCUGAGCUGCUACCAUGUGCUCUCCUCCACAACUUGUAUGGAUCUGCUGAGCAGGACCUGAUGGGCUCCUUAAAGCACUCCCAUAUGGAAUAUCAGAAACUCUUCAUACUGCUAUACUCAGACUUAAAACUGUUACCCCCGCUGUUGUGAGUUUCACUAUCACUGUUGCUAUUAACACGCAUCAUUUCACUGUCAAUGAGUCGUAUCGAUGUGCUACUCAGAAGCAAACUAUUUCGAUUGGUUUCGGAGAUUGGCUCUCCUUCAGUUCAGAUGUCUGUAUCCCACUGGAUGUCUUCUUAUUACUGUAUUUCCAUGUAUUUAGUGGCCUUUAUGUGUUAUUAUUUUCAAAUGGUAUAUGUGCAAUUGAGGCAGAAUGUUUCCUUUUCAACGCAAAAUGGUGCAGUGCCAUUACCAGCAGCUGAUCUGUUGGCACAUGCUGUCUCUACUCCAAACAAUGUGAAAGAUAUAAAGAAGGAUUGGUCUCUAUCACCAACUGCAUUUGAAAUUGCAACAGUAUUUAUUUGAAGACACUGGAGAGCUUCUGAGAGGUAGUUGGCCUUUGCGUCACUAUUGUGAGGCUCUAUAGGGCAAAUGCCAACAUCCAUUUUUCUCACACAUGCUGUCAUUGUUCUUAUGUCCUGUAUAAGUAACCAUCCAAGGCUGGUGUCCAUAGUGCACAAAAUACUACUGUUGCAUGACUUGUGUAGCUAUGAACAAAGCUACUCUUUGGCAUAUGUGUGCCACCUCCUCAGUACAGUUACUCAGGUAUCUAACCCAGUCAUCAGCUUUCACAUGGCAGUGACUCAUGGUGACAAAAAUUACCAGGGCCAAUACGAUCACACUUCUAAAAAAUAAGACUGAUACACGUUCACUGGUUUGUUCGCAUAAAAAAAAAAAAAAAUCACACAUGCUUCCUAAAAAAGCAAAAUGAU